UGCAGUGUCUGAUAUGAAAGCUGAGGCUUUGGCCAACUUGAAAAAGCUGGUUCGCAACAGAAGGAACGUCCCCGUCUUGGCUGUGCCCCAGUUCCAACGUGUGCCUGACUUCUGGGGAUGGUACAAGUACUUUAUGGAUGCACACAACCAGGAGGGAGUGGAGGACCUUGACCGUUUAUACCUGGCCUACUUGCAAAACAAGCACAGGUCCGAGGAAGGACCCACCUUCAAUCAUUACCUCAAACAUCUUAGUGAAAUCUACAAAGCUUGUGCUGAUUCUGAUGAUCCAGAAUGCAUAGCUGAGUCUACCAGCAAGCCAAAAGCAGCUGUGGUCAUGCCUGCCUCCAUUAGGUCUGGUGCUAUCAGGAUGUGCAACCCCUACAUUGACCCCUACUGCACCUAUGCCCUUGAUACCAAGGCUGGUGCCCCUGCGCUAGCUCCAGCCAAGGUUCCAGCUCCCAUCCUCAGUCCUGUUCAACCCAUGUCCAUGUCGAGCCCCAUGGGGUUCUACCAAUACGCCCCCAUCCUGGAGCCCUUCCUGAACGCCGAGCAGAGGAAUGAGCUGCUCAGGAUCUGCCAACCUGAGGAUGUGGAAUGCCUGCAGUAUCACCUGAGAUCUGCAUACGGGUAUCGCCCGGCCUUUGGUCCGGCUCCAUCUUAUGCUGCGCUCAAAUGUGACCCCAAAGACCCCUACUGCACGCCCCGUCUAUUCCAGAAGUCUGCUGGGGCGUCACCUAAAGAGCAGCACUGCAACCCUCUCUUUGAUGGAGACUGCAACCCUCUGACCGCCACCAGGUUCUCCAGCUUCACCAAACCCAUCGUGAAGUACGUCCCCAAGGGUGAGCCAGUUUCUCCUGCUGCUCCUCUGACCUGCGACCCUCGCACCAACCCAUACUGCAUUCUAGCAGUAGCUGCUGCCCUGCGCAGACCCCCUCCACAGCUCCCCGAACACCAGGUCCGCUACCAGCUCGGUGUCCGUGGCAAGACCAGGGAGGGCUACGACUGCUUUGUGCACUAUGACAAAGACUGCACCCCGGCCAAGUCUGGCUCUGAGGCUUCGUCUACACCCUUCUGCCACCCAUACGAUCCCAACUGUUUCAAGUUUACCUCACCCUCCAAUAUUGAGGCCUUAAAGUCCGGUAAGGAUGACGUUAUCCUUCCAGAUCCCGAUUGCGACCCUGAGUAUGACUACCACUGCCGUUUGCGUCGAGCCAAACCCAGCGCCUCCGCUGAUGGUCCAAUCCCCGAUGAAACAAAGGCUACAAAGGGGGCUGCUGUGCCACGCUUUGAAGACUUCCUCCGAGGUGUCAUGAGCCAGCACAAAUAAGUUUCAACACCCGCUGCACAGUUGUUCUAGAUAGAAAUAUCUUAGUGUAAGUCUGUGAGGCCAAUGAAUCAUUCACAGCACAAAUGAACUUUAAAUUAGCAACACAGAUUAGAAAAUAUGGAGGUUUGACUCAAAUAAGCAACAUAGACAGUCACAUUGGUAAAAACUGGAAAUCAUGUUUGUAUAAAAUCGAUGUUCAGAAG